AUGGAAGAGAACGACGAAGACGUCAACGUAAAAAAUGCAAAAUUUAUUCAAAGUCUCGCCUUUAUAGAAGGAGAACUGCAAUCUCCUAUCGAUUUGGAUAUCAGUAAAAUGACACAGAUUAAUUUGGCGCCAUUAAAAUGGGUUCAUUAUGACGUUGCACCACGAAAAGUAAAGAUCGCCAAUACGGGAAAGACGGCUCUCGUCGGUGCAAAGUGGGUACUGGAAGAGCCGUAUAUUAAUGGUGGUCCUCUUGAUGGAAAUUACGCCUUUUCACAAAUGCAUUUUCAUUGGGGCGAAACGGAGAUAUACGGUAGCGAGCAUCGCGCCGAUGGUGCAAAUACGCCGAUGGAACUCCACGUAGUACACUUUAAAACGCAAUACUUAACUCUAGAACAUGCUCUUCGACAAGUCGACGGCAUUAUAAUAAUCGUUUAUUUUUUAAAGGUAAUAUUUAAUUCAAGUGUCGAGUAA